GCAGCUCUGCUGACUGCUCUAAUUUUUGUAAUUUUUUUUAUAGAUCCCUAUCUGGCAACACUGCAUAAGUAAAGAAAUUAUGACACUUCGACUGGACCUGGACAAAGAUUUUCAAAACAAUGGAAUGCUUGUGUCAAAUUGUUGUUGAUUUUAAAUUAUGUUUGCAAUUCUAUAUUGGCCUGUUGGUUUUCAUAUUCGGAGUGAAAUGCACAGGCACAGUCGAAGAAUUUGGAUAUUGCACCAAACUGAAUGGCUGCAACCAAAAUGAGGUGGAAGAAAAUAUGUACACUCAAGAAAAUAAUGAAAACUGGGUUGAGUUCAAAGGACAUAUAUCCCAAUCAUUGUUAGACUAUAAACCGUGUUUGUUCAAAAAUUGUUCCUGCUUUACUAAUCUUGUUAUUGAAGACUUGAAGGCUUUUAAAGACGUUGGAAUAACCAAGAGUAUGUUGGAUAAAGCAAAAGACAGGGGUACAAAAUACCAAAUCAUUGGACAGAAGCUUUACAGGGAAUCUUUCUGUUUAUUUCCUUCAAGAUGUGCAGGCAUUGAACACUUCAUACUGAAAGUCAUAAAGGAAUUGCCUGAUAUGGAGUUGAUUAUUAAUAACAGGGACUGGCCUCAAGUUAGUCGUCAUUUUGGGGAAGUUUUGCCGAUUCUUUCGUUCAGUAAGACAAAAGAAUACUUGGACAUAACAUAUCCUGCAUGGACAUUUUGGGAAGGAGGUCCUGCCAUAAGUUUGUAUCCUAGAGGCUUGGGGCGCUGGGACCAGCACAGAAUCUCAAUAGAUAAAGUGGCUGCUACUUAUCCCUGGAAUGAAAAACAAUCAAAGGCCUUUUUUAGAGGAUCCAGGACCAGCUCUGAAAGAGAUCCAUUGAUUUUACUUUCUAGAGGAAACCUGAACUUGGUCGAUGCUCAGUAUACGAAAAAUCAGGCCUGGAAGUCAGACUCAGAUACUCUUGGUGCUCCGCCGGCUGAAGAAGUAAGUUUAGAAAGCCACUGCUCCUACAAAUACUUGUUCAACUACAGGGGUGUGGCAGCAAGCUUCCGUUUCAAACAUCUCUUCUUGUGCAAAUCACUCGUAUUUCACGUCGGUGACGAGUGGAUUGAAUUCUUCUAUCCAGCGCUAAAACCAUGGGUGCAUUACAUCCCCGUCUCGAGUGCCGCUACGCAGCGUGAUUUAGCCCGGCUGAUCCGCUUUGCCAAGGAGAACGACAGCCUAGUUUCUAAAAUCGCCACCAGGGGGCAUCAGCUGGUCUGGAAUCAUUUGAAACUGAGCGACGUCGAGUGCUAUUGGAAGUUUUUACUGACCGAAUACGCCAAACUUCUACGAUUUAAGCCUCAAUUAGAUCGGCAACUCAUUACCAUUUGAUCUGAUUCUUUUAUUUCCGUCCUCAUUGUACAAUACACUUAGUAAUUAACUUGAA